GCACAUUCGGUGACAUGGGCAGCUGAUCCUGCGUAUUUGUGCUGCCCUAUCGCACGAAAUUGCCAAAACCAUGGGGAGCGGUGCGCUCGGGAAGCUCAGCGAGGCUUCGGCCGAGGAGGUGUCCGCAGUCUACAAAGACUUGCCGCCCGAAGCGCAGGCGAACCUGAAGGAGGCCCUUGCAGCGUUGCACAAGGGCAACGGCUUGUCGAUUCGCUCCAUGAUUUCGGGUUCCGUCGCCGCCGUCUUUGAGGCCGCGAGUGCCGAAACCACCUACAUGGACUUGGUCAAUGCUUUGUACGCGCAAGUGCCAGAGACAAAGAGCCAGGUAGUUAAGAUUUUCAUCUCGGCCGAGCCCAUGGAUCAAUACAAGACUUUGGGCGAGCAGGGCGUGGACGCGAAGGGCGAGGUGCAGUACACCGUGGAGGAAUUUUCGGUUGGUACCAAGUUGACCCAAGAGGAGGCCUUUGCGAUCUUUAAAGGGGCCAGGGAUGGCCUUAACAGCUUGUCGAAGGCUGCUGUGGAUGAGACCAAGUCCUUGAAGAAUCCGCCGCAAGCGGUGAAGACUGUGGUGGCCGCGGUGGCUGUGCUGUUGCAGAAACCACGCGGUUCCUGGGAUGAUCUGAGGAAGAUGCUGACGGACCAGGAGUUUUUGCCGUCCUUGUUGUCGUUCGAAAAAGACAAUGUCUCCACAGAGACUCUGAAUGAACUGCAAUGGUACUUGGCUCACCCGGACUUCCAGCAGGAAAGGGUCAAACGCGUCUCGGCGGCUUGCGUGUGCUUGCGAGAUUGGGUGGACUGCAUGCACACCUUUGCCACCACUUUCCAGCGUCUUCAUAUGCCCUGAUCGGAUUCACACCCUUUUCGGGGACAAUUUGCUGGAAAUCCGUGGGUCUUCACCAAAAGUCAUCAAUUUCUUCCUCCC